UGAUGAAUCUCCCUGGCUUUGCAGCAGCUAGGCUAUAGUGCCCUCCCACUCGUUCCAUACCUCCUGUCCUCGUCCAAUGUGUUCUAUUCACAACUAGGUAUCUCUCCAUCCCUCAGCAAUGAUCUCUCCAGCUAAACUCUGGCUGCAGCCAUCCCGUGCAUAGAGCCUUUCUGGGUCCUCCUGGGCUUUGAGGAUGGGAGAGGAACGUAGAGCUUCCAAGCAGUAUGGUUCUCUAGAAUCCACUAAAUGGCAGCAUCCAGAUACAGCCACAGGAGAAGAUGUCAUCUCGAUGGCCGAUUCUACGACCACUGUGGAUGACAUUGAGGGUGAACUGUUUAAGAUUGAAAGGAUCCGGGAAAUCUUAGUGAGGAGAGAGUCUGAGCUCCGUUACAUGAUGGACGAUUUCCAGUUAUGUCAAGAAAUCACACGGCUGAAAAAAGAUCUUCAACAACUAGUGUCCAAACCGGAAAAGGAAAAAUCAAGUGAGGACCGGCAUCAAGAAGAUGAACUCCUUCAACAAAUGCAUAAACUAGUGGAGAGCAGGAAUUACUUAGUAGAUGAUGCAGAGUUUGAACGGUUGCGGGAAAGAGAAGAAGAUAAGGAGAUGGCCGAAUUCCUGCAGAGCAAAUUGUCCAAAAGUUAUCUGAAAAAAGCAGUCCUCAGAAAAGAAAAGGUACCCGGAAAAACCUCUCGUGCCCAACAAACGUCUGCCCCGUAUGUCACCAAGACAGGACUUACUCUUCUAAAGGAGUGCUGCGGGUUCACUUGCUCCAUCAUGUAAAAACGAUCUCCAAUGGACCAGGGCAGCAGAUCCAGAGAGCUUGCUUCUGGUUGAUCAGUACCUGGACACCACCAUGGGCACUGUACAUGGCGAUGCACCACACGUCAAAUUAUAGGUCGAAGCUACCUAACUGGCAAUGAGCUGAUUCACGGCCUCUUCGUUCUGUUACUAGCUCGCCAAUAAAAAUGUCUGACCAUGUGAUCCAAAUAAAUAAUAUCUAUGAAACAACAUUGGUAUUUUCCCCAAGUUCUUCUAGAAAUAACACAAUUCUUUGUAACACGCUUGUUUUGUUUCGACUCAAGCUCUGUUCACAAACAGCCGUAUUUAAGUAAGUGUGAAAUAUUGGAAAAUUCAAAGUGAAUUUACAACUUGAGGCCAAAGCAGCCGAUCUGCAAACAUAUCUGACUUAGGUCAUUUGUUAUUAUGUCCUUCAAUUUGAAAUUAGGAAAAAUUUUAAUUCCCAAAAAUCCAUUAUUUGGUGUACGUCACUGUUUUCAGAUAACUAAACAAUGCAAUGUCAAUGUGUGUGUUACUUGUGGUCUCCUGCAAAGCACAACUCGCUCUACUAGUGAAAUUACAUAUUUUCAAGCUGCUGGUUUUUGACACUCGGUGAUUUUGAGUGGCUUUUCCCGAAUUGGCAAUGAUCUUGACCAGUGGAAAUCUAAACUAUAAAAAAAAAAAGUACUUUAUAUCAUUGACUCGCUCUGUAGAUAAACUAUUAAUUAUGUUAGCAUAAGGCACAAAUUCAUCAUCAAGUUUGCAUUCAGAGUAGUUGUGGUUGUUGGUCCGGAAAAUAGCGAAAAAUCUCACCGCUUUAAUUUAUCUCAGAGGAGUGAGAUACAUCUUCUCGACACGCUUGCUUAAAUAUCUAUACUAAGCAGCAAAGAACUUUCACAAAGCAUAAUCACAUGGAAAAUCUCUUCCGAUUGUUAAUUUUAAUGUUGAGUAGCUUAGUAGUGUUGUGCUGAAUAAAAUACUUGUUUUAUUUACAA